ACCGUCACCGCUUCUCGCUGCGUAGCUUGCCGUCUGGCCGCCGCCGCGCUCCAGGGAUUCCGCGCUCGCCGGCCUCCUCGCGGCGCUCGCUCUUCACCUCACGCCGCCGGGAGGAACCGCAAGGCAGCGCAGAGCCCUACAGGUUUCGCCUCGCCCUCCGCCGCUGGCAAGCUCGGCAUCGCCGAACACCCUCCGUCAAAUUUAGGAAGCCGUGGAUCUAGGGGCAAUACCGGAAACUUGCAAGGAAUAUAGGGGGACUCGAGUAGCCCAGGUUUUCCUUCCUUGCUGUGCUAUAAUCCUAUCCGCCUCUUCUCUCAGAAGACCGCCGCCGCCGCAAUUGGUUGCGCUACACCGCCGGCGCCCUAACCUUAGCCGACGGGGCAGGGCAAAUUAGACCUCCGGUCCGCCCAAUUCUUCCCUUGUUGAGAAGCGGCUGCUUCCUCAUCUUCCCCUUUUGACUGGUACUGGAUACUGGACUUGCUGGAGUGGAGAUCCAUCCUCUUGUUUCUAAGGUGGGCAUGCAUUUCCAAUAUGUCUAGCUCUAAUCAGAUGGGUUCUGAUGGCAAGUUUGGGAGAGGUCCUCGGGAGCUUAGUGGUGCUGUUGACUUAAUUAGCCGCUACAAGCUGCUGAACCAUCAUAGUUUCUUUUGCAAGAAACCUUUGCCAUUGGCAAUUUCAGAUACAAAUUAUCUUAACAAUGUUGUGGGCGACACAGAAAUUCGUAAAGGAGAAGGGAUGGAGUUGGACCAACUCUUCCAAAACUCAUACCCAAGUGAGAAGACUGCUUACAUUCAGCCCUUUGACAUGGAAACGCUAGGACAAGCAUUUCAGCUGCGAGAAACUGCACCAGUAGAUUUGCCUUCUGCUGAAAAAGGUACACCAACCAUAUCUGGGAGACCAAAGAUCAAGUCCAAGGACAAAGUAAGGAAGCAUAAGAAACACAAAGAGAAAGACAGAGACAAGGAGGAGGAGCAGAAGAAACACAAACAUCGGCAUAAGGACCGGAGUAAAGAUAAAGAUAAAGAUAAGGACAAAGACAAAGAAAAGAAAAAAGACAAGAGUGGGAAUCAUGAGUCAGGAGGUGAUCAUUCCAAGAAACAUGAGAAGAAGAGGAAGCAAGAAGUAACUGGAAGUUCGGCAAGUGUCCAAAAUCACAAGAAAACACAAAAGCACAAAAAUCAGUGAAAUAUGCUAUGGACUUCGUUAAUUGCCAGCCAUUCAUGUUUCUUUAUUAGUUCAACUCCAUUUAUGCUGUUAAUGAGUGUGGCUCUGAAGUCUUUCUUUUCAAUAUCACUUCUAGCAGAGUUACCACAGACGGAAAAUUCAUACUAGGCUGCUCCGGAGGAAACAAGAUAUAAGCUAUGAUGGAAUACACCAUGUAUAUUGUUCUUCGAGGAGCUUGGACUUUGGCAUAUGGAGUUGUAAAUUAUUUUCUUAUGGAGUUGUAAAUUAUUUUCGCGUCGUUCCAGCUUAUGUCCAUUAGCAAUUCUUCAGCAUUAAUUGCAAUGUAUGAUCCUGUAAUUCAGACAACAGCAGGCCCAAAGCGGGGCCAGGAUAUCUUCCCAACCUUGUGACUUUAUGUAACAGAGAAGGCAGUGGAUAAAUAUGCAUGAUCCAGAAAACUGUGUUACAGACAACA